AUGUUCGCCGUCUCCGCGCACUCGCGCGCGCGCAUCGCGCCCGCGGUCAUUCCGCGCGCGCGCGCGCGCGUCGUCACGCGCGCCGGCGCCGCGUUCGAGGUGCCGUCGGCGUACAAGACGGUGACGCCGUGCGGCGCGGGCGUCUUAAUCAAGGUGGCGGCCGCGGAAACGGUGACCAAGGGCGGGAUCGUGCUCACGGAGAGCGCGCAGCGCAAGCCCACGAGCGGCGACGUCACGGCGAUCGGACCGGACGUGAAACACGUCAAGACCGGUUCCACGGUGUUGUACAGCAGAUUCGGCAUCGGGUGCACCGACGUGGUCGUCGCCGGCGAGGAGUACACGAUGAUUCGAGAACAAGAUCUCAUCGGUACGCUCCCGAGCAGCGGCGCGCGCGCGAACGAUAUCCCAAAGCUUCAACCUUGCGGCGAUCGCGUCCUGUUGUCGGUGGAGAAGGCGGCCGCGGAAACCAAGGGGGGCAUCUUACUCACGGAGGGGUCCAAGGAGAAGCCCAUCGUCGGCACCGUCGUCGCCGUCGGGCCGGGCAAGGCGGGCGAAAAAGACGAAGAAGUCAAGCCGAUGACCCUGAAGGCGGGCGACAAGGUGAUUUACUUCAAGUACGCCGGUGACCAAAUGACCGACGAGGAAGGCAACGGCUUCGUCGUCUUGCACGAGAGCGACUGCUUGGCCAAGCUUUAA